GAUGAUGAUGAAGACGAUGAAUAUGUCGUUGAAGUAAAUGUUACAGAUGGUGAAGAUGAAGAAUACGAUGAUGAUGAAGAAGACGAUGGUGAUGAAAACGAUGAAGAUGUCGUUGAAUUGGAUGUUAAGGACGAUGAAGAUGAAGAAGACGAUGGUGAUCAAAACGAUGAAGAUACUGUCGAAGUGAAUGACAAAGACCAAGAUGAUGGCGAUGAUGAGGAACACAGAAAGUGCGUUAAGACAAAGCACCACGAUUGUGAAAACGAUGACGAAGAUGACGAAGAAGAUGAAGAAGCUUCCAUUUAA